UCAUGUUCCCGCGCGCCGUGUUCAGACAAGUACAAACAUUCACAGAACCAUGAAAUUCCGGGCAGUUAUCAGGGAUUCCUUGUCAAUUAAGGACUUUUUCAAUAUCGUGACGACGCUGUCGAAGUGCGGCAAGGAUGUCAUCUUCAACGCCCUUCCGGAUCGCCUGGCAGUCGCUGUGAACGUGGAUUCGCCCCAGACGGCGCUGCCCAUGUGGUGUGACCUGGAGAAGACGGUGUUCUUCGCGGAGUACGUGAUGGAUGGGCUGUCAGAGAGUCACAACGCGAUUAUCCUGAUCAUGAAGGCGGCCAAUCUCGUGCGUGUUCUGAGCGGGAGCAGGAAUAGCGAGACGUCAUACCUGAAAUUGAAGCUGAUGAGCAAGAAUAUUGCUUGUCUGUGCCUGGAAAUGGAGAUCCCGUCGAGUACGUCUGCGGCGAGUCGCCGGAUCUCGCACGAUGUGCCCGUGAUGGUGGUUUCCCGGCGAGACUGGCUGCAGUAUCAGCUGCCGAGCUUGCCGGACUUCGAGAUGACGGUCGGCGUGCCCGGCGUGAGGAGCAUCGGGGGCAUCAUUGAGGCAAUGCGGGAGUCCUCGACCGUCAUGAGUGUGCAGACAGUGAGAAACGGCACGGUGUCCUUCAUCUCGGAGUCCCCAAUGGCCAAGAUCUCGUGCCACUGCAGGAAUCAAGAUGUUUUCGCCCAGGGCGAAUCCGAGAAGAUCACCUGCAAAAUUGAGAGCAGGAGACUUGCUCUGUUCCUCGCCAACAGUCAGCUUCCCUGCACUGACAUGAGAUGCAGCAUCAGCGAAGGGCAUCUCGUGAAAUUCGAGGUGAAAGUGCAGGACAAAGUCAUCAUGACUUGCGUUAUUCCCGCGACCACUGAAUAAAACACCCUCAUCACACUUUAAUUAAGGCAUUUUAUCACAUUUCUUUGACU